AGUGACGUGUGCGCUUGAAUGAGUGUUUUUCUCAUUUGCCUCCCCACGUGAAGAUAUAAAAUCAUUGUGAAAUAAACUGAAAUUUAAAGUAAAUCGCGCAUCUGUACAGCAAUCAUGGCGGUCCGUGUACAAUUCGAGAAUAACAAUGAAGUGGGGGUGUUUAGUAAACUGACAAAUUCCUAUUGCCUCGUAGCUAUCGGAGGCUCAGAAAAUUUCUACAGCGUGUUCGAAGCCGAGCUCGCAGAAACAGUUCCCGUGGUUCACGUCAGUAUCGCGGGGUGCCGUAUUAUCGGGCGCAUGACCGUAGCUAACAAGAACGGACUUCUCGUGCCAGCGGCAACGACCGACACAGAAUUGCAACAUAUACGCAACAGUCUACCGGACGCAGUCAAGGUGCAGCGUGUGGAAGAGCGUCUCAGCGCGCUCGGGAACGUUAUCGCCUGCAACGACUAUGUAGCGCUCGUGCACCCCGACCUGGACCGCGACACAGAAGAAAUUCUCGCAGACACACUAAACGUAGAAGUAUUUCGGCAGUCUGUGGCUGGGAACGUUUUGGUCGGUUCUUACGCUGCGCUCAGUAAUCGCGGAGGAUUAGUUCAUCCUAAAACUACGAUACAAGAUCAGGACGAGCUCUCGUCUCUGCUACAAGUCCCUUUAGUUGCGGGCACAGUGAACAGGGGUAGUGAUGUGGUGGCGGCGGGGAUGGUGGUGAACGAUUGGUGUGCGUUCUGCGGCAUGGACACGACGUCGACAGAGAUCUCGGUGAUCGAGAGUGUGUUCAAACUGAAUGACGCCAAGCCCACAGCCAUCACCUCCACAAUGCGUGCCUCGCUCAUUGACAGCAUGUCCUAGGACCUGUAAUGUUAAUGCAACUAACUAUGGGGUUCACUUGUCAUUUAUGUAUAGCAUCAAUCCAAUGGAGUAUUGUGAGAAGAAAAUGCUUAGAUUGUGUUCAUACAUUUGACUAAGAAUGUAAACAUUGUAUGGUUGACAUAUAACCUAAAAAAAUUGAAUUAAUUUUUUAUAUAUUUUUGCAAUAAUGUUCAUAUAAUUGGGUGUAAAAUUAUAGUCAUUUAUUAUAAUGAGUUACACAAGUUGACAACAACAACAUACAAGGCAAAAUCUACGAUUUUGUUGCAGAUAGCACCUUGUACUUUGUAAGGUGCAAUUUUCUGAAAAAAUUACAUAUUGUACCUCAUACAUUGUUGUUGUCUCUUGUUAUUGUAAUCAAGGAAAAUAAAGAAGUUAUCUUCCCAUUUUUGCCACUUCAUUGAAAAUAAAGUAAUGCAAUGACAAGUGAUACCAACUAGUUGUGCUCCCCAGUUUUGCAAGUCUUGUGAUAUGUUUAUUAUUUGAUAAGUUGUGCACCCCUGACAGUGUUGCACACUACAGAUUGUGCAAUCGCGCACCGGCAAUGGCCCUUUACCUUACCUAUGUGUAUAAGAACAUAAGUAAUAAAUUGUAAAUCUAUAA